ACUAACCUCAAUUUUUUAGCAACGGUGUUUUGUGGUGUAUCUGCGCUUGCGUGUUUUCCCAGUUUGGUGUGAUGGAAAAUUCCGACAUUUUUGAAUUUAUUUUUUGUUGAAAUACAGAAAUAGACAUCGGAUUAAUAUGCGUAAAUCGCGACGUAUUACAUACACUUAUUAAUGUGGAUUACCUAAUAUUAGAACGUAAUUUUUAAUCCCCACUUGAGCAGAGAUAAGAACUCAUUUAAGUUGGAGACUGGGGAACCCCAGAAAACCGUUUUUAUAAUCUAUGAAUGCAGAUUAUGAUGAAUGAAACAAACCAGGUUCCGGCUGUUUUGUGUUUAAACUAUUGAUAUUAGUGAAAUACUGUCCCAUAGGGACUUUAUUACAUUAUAAGAUGCAGGGCUUCUCAUAUGACAAACACCAUAUCAGUGACAAAAAUAUUUUAUGAAAUAGAGACUAGAGAGAUGAACAGGGGUGUAGAUUCAAUCAAACUGCUUUACUAAAAGGAACUUUAAUGUUGAUAUAAACAUAAAUAAGUUGUUGACAAAGCCAAUGAUAAGUAGCCCCUAAAAGUAGGAAAACAUCAUAAUUAGACUAAGCAAAUAAAAAUAUUUUACUGCACUUUUAUCUUUCUUUGUUAAUUGCAGUGAGUAAAAAAGAGAAAAACGUUUUUAUUUUUUGAUAAGUUAAUUUGGGCAGGGCAGUUUUCUUAGAGUAUUGAUGGGUUUUAUUUGUGGACAGCGGUGAAUGUGCAAUUCCUAGUUCAGAUUGUUUGUUUGCUGGAUCUGGGACACGAUGGAUCCUUUACCGUUUCUUCAAGAGAUCUUUCCUCAUAAAUCUGAAAAUGAAAUAAAGUCUUUAAUUGAAUUAACGCAGGACGACUUACAGCAAGAGUCAUACGAGCGAUGGAUCGAAAUAUUAAUUGAUAUGCUGUCAAGUAACGAUCUGAAUGGCGAUGAGAUUAAUGUAAACGUUCAGGAAAACGAUGAAGCUGGUCUGGGCGAGGAUAAUCAUUUAAACAUAGUUGAAGAAGACGAAGAAGAGGGGGCUGUGGGCGGUUACUUUCAAAAUCCUACAAACUUAGUUUGGGAUCUGUUAAAGCAAACCUUACCUGAAGCGGACCCAAAUUAUUUGAGGGAUCAAGCGAAUCGAUUUGCCAAUGAACCAGAAAAUCUAGAUCAAUUCGUCAUCAAAGCCCUAGAGACAAAUAAUUACCCCACAAUGAAAGACUAUUUAAAGCAACAAAGAGAAGAUGAUGUGCUUGAAAUGUACCAGCCCGACUACGACUUCAAUUUAUUCUUAGAGAAAUUCAUGAAACAAUUUCCAGAUCCAGAGAAGCAUUUUUUAAAUUCGAAUCGUCCGAAUCCACUGGACGAUGAAGACGUAACUGAGCACGACGUGCUUUAUGCCAAAACGUUUCUUUAUAAUAAGUAUCCAGAGAUCAGAAAAAAGCAUUUGGACUUGAUGUUCGUCAUAAAGAAAAGGAACCUUUUUGAUUGCUGUAAUGCUCUGGACUUUUUCCCGAAGGAAUUGAAAAGGAGGAGGGAAGAAGAGUGUUUUCCUGUAUCCAGAAAUCUGGCUUUGUUGCAAGAGGUCGCAUAUGCCAAAUAUCGAAAAUACAUCCUAAUGGUGUUAAAAUACAAAAACGAGGUGUUCAAUAAGAUAAAAGAAGAAGCGAGAGCUUUAGGGUUGUUGGAGAGCUGUGGCGUUUGCAUGGACGACGAAUUAAUCCCCGAAGAAUGUUUUACUUGCAUGAAAGGCUGCGUUUUUUGCCAAAGUUGUGUUCAAAAAUAUGUCGAGGUACAAAUGGGCGACGGUUUAACUACGUUCCCAUGCUGUAACGAUUGUGAUUCGCAGUUUAACCUAUAUGUCCUACAGUUGGCACUUCCACAAAACAUUUUCGAGAAACUAGUACUGAAAAUCCAAAGUAACGAACUGAAAAAGGCCAACUUGGAGGGCUUGGAAAUGUGCCCAUUUUGUGACUUUGUCAGCGUCACCGUUGAAGAGAAUAAGACAUUUAAAUGUCAAAAUGACGAUUGUCUUAAGGAGUCUUGCAGGCUGUGCAAGCACGAAUCUCACAUACCAUUGCGAUGCAAUGAAAUUGAAUAUGACGAGGACGUGCGAAGGAGAACUUAUAUUGAGAAUAUGAUGACUGAUGCUCUAGUUCGGACUUGUCCAAACUGUAACAAGAAAUUCGUGAAAAGUAACGGCUGUAAUAAAAUGACUUGCAGUUGCGGCACUAAAGUUUGUUACCUGUGCUCCCAAGUAAUAAAUGGAUACGAUCAUUUUAGUGAAGCAGGAUGUCCAUUGGUUACUAACGACGCUGUCCUCGACUUAAAUCGGGUGAAAAAGAACGCUGAUAUUGCCAAGCUCAAGCUAGGAAACGUCGAAAUUAAAUUUGAUCCCGCACAAGGCAUUGAGGGUUUUUUCGUGAAAUAACAACGAAUUUUGUUGCUUAACGAUUUUUUUGCUCAACUAUUACGUACCAAUUAGGAUUAGUAACAAAAAUGUAGUUUAAUAAUUAUUUUGAUAAUAUAAUUAGAUUUUAUUAAGACA